AUGACAUCUCAAAAAUGGUGCGUCUGUAUAUCUUUGUCUCUCUUGUCAUUAGUUUCGUUGAUUAGCGGCGACAUAAUCGUGGUUGAUCCAUCGAAGCGUGGUGGUUUCACAACCGUACAAGCCGCCAUUAAUUCCGUCCCUUCCAACAACACCAAAUGGACUACCAUUGACAUCAAACCAGGCACUUAUAGGGAGCAAGUGAUUAUUCCUAUGGAUAAGCAAUUCAUCUUCCUGAAAGGAUCAGGAAGUAACAACACCUUCAUUUCGUGGAAUGGUCAUGCCGACAUUAACGAAACUGCUACUUUCAGUUCUGAAGCCGACAACACAAUCGCCAGGGAUAUAACGUUCAUUAAUUCCUACAACUCUCCCCCAAAGGGUAAUAAAAAUCCCAUGGUGCCGGCGGUGGCAGCUCGGAUUCAAGGCGACAAAUCGGCCUUCUACCGUUGUGGAUUCUUCGGAUUGCAGGACACAUUGUGGGAUGUUAAAGGCAGGCAUUACUACAAAAGUUGUACCAUUGAAGGUGCCGUAGAUUUCAUAUUUGGCGCUGCCCAAUCCUUGUACGAGGGCUGCACCAUAUCAGUGGCUGCGGGAGCCGUAAAUGGACCGGGAUUCAUCACAGCUCAAGGCAGAGAGAAACCUAACGAUACAAACGGGUUCGUGUUCAAGACAUGCAACAUAGUUGGGGAGGGGAAGGUGUUUCUGGGAAGGGCAUGGAGAGAUUACGCAAGAGUUCUCUUUUACAAUACACUAAUGUCCGACAUUAUUGUCCCUCUAGGAUGGGAUGCUUGGAAUAGCUCCGGACGCGAGAAUCAAUUAUCAUUUUCAGAGUAUAAAUGUAGCGGUCCAGGUUCGAUGAGUUCUAAGAGAGCGGGAUGGGCGAAGAAGAUGAGUGACGAAGAGGCUAACAACUUAGCCACCAUUUCCUUCAUUGAUAAUCAAGGAUGGGUUGAUCAAGCGUUUAAAGUUCUGGGUCCUUAG